UUUCAAAAACACGAGAGGCGCUUCUCCUUGGGAGUUCCCUUUCCAGGCGAAAAACAGCAUUAAACUAAUGUAUAGACCAGGGAAAAACAAGACUCCUCGCAGGCCUGGCCAAAAAAAGGCAUGCCAUGCAGAAAAAGACCCUGUUGGCGUAUACUGCCGUAUGCGCCCACUUGGAGGAGAGAAUGAGGAAUGUUGUGUUGAAAUGAUCAGCAACUCAACUAUACAGCUUCAUGCUCCUGAUGGCCUUAAAGCCAACCGCAAUGGAGAAUACAAAGAGACGCAGUACUCCUUCAAAAAAGUAUUUGGUAUUAAUACCUCUCAGAAGGAGCUGUUCGAGGACGUCGCCAAGCCGCUAGUAGAGGACCUUAUUCAGUGUAAAAAUGGUCUGCUGUUUACGUACGGUGUCACAGGAAGUGGUAAGACUUUCACUAUGACCGGCUCCCCUGGAGAGGGUGGACUCCUCCCUCGUUCCCUUGACAUGCUCUUCAACAGUAUUGGGCCCUUGCAGGCCAAGCGAUUUGUGUUCAAGCCAGAUGACAAAAAUGGGAUUGACAUCCAGAAUGACGUAGAUGCUCUCCUGGAGAGACAGAAGCGAGACGCUCAACCUUUAUUGCCCAGUGGACCCUCCUCCAGGCAGAAGGCGGACCCAGAAAUUGCAGACAUGAUCACUCCACAAGAGGCAUGUAAAGCUGAGAAUGUGGAUGAAGACUGUUGUUACAGCAUCUUGGUGUCUUAUGUUGAGGUCUAUAACAACUACAUCUACGAUCUUCUCGAAGAUGCCCCAUUUGAUUACAUCAGACCAAAAGGUCCUCAGUCCAAGAUUCUACGUGAAGAUCAGAAUCAUAAUAUGUAUGUUGCUGGCUGCACAGAAGUUGAGGUCAAAUCUACAGAAGAGGCGUUUGAUGUCUUCUGGAAGGGGCAAAAGAAAAGAAGGAUUGCAAACACUCAACUGAACCGUGAAUCCAGCCGUUCCCACAGUGUCUUCACUUUAAAGCUGGUUCAGGCACCUCUCGAUGCUGAUGGCGACCACAUUCUGCAGGACAAAAACCAGGUGAAUGUGAGCCAGCUGUGUUUGGUUGACCUAGCAGGUAGUGAGCGUACCAGCAGAACAAGAGCAGAAGGGAACCGUCUACGUGAAGCAGGUAAUAUAAAUCAGUCUUUGAUGACUCUGCGCACAUGUAUGGAAGUCUUACGAGAGAACCAGAGGUGUGGAACAAAUAGGAUGGUGCCAUACAGAGACUCUAAAGUGACUCAUCUUUUUAAGAACUACUUUGAUGGAGAAGGAAAAGUUAAGAUGAUCGUGUGUGUCAAUCCCAAAGCUGAUGAUUAUGAGGAAACAAUGCUCGUAAUGCGGUUUGCAGAGAUGACACAGGAGGUAGAAGUUGCACGGCCGGUUGACAGGCCAAUUUGCGGUCUUGCUGCAGGUCGCAGGCAAAGAAAUCAGGCAUUCAGGGAUGAGCUGUCACAUCGCCUGGAUGACCGAAGAGGUCUCAGUAAUGCUGAGGAUCCAGCUAUGCUCAAUCAACUCAUUGAAAGCUUGCCACCUCUGCCUCCCUGUGACCUGGUGGACCCAGGAGAUGAUCAGACACUGCCACGUCUGAUCGAGGUUCUGGAGAGGAGGCAUCGUAUCCGCCAGCUGAUGGCAGAGCAGUUCAACAAAACUGCUAAUAUGCUGAAUUCCAUGCUUCAGCAGUUUGAUGGUCAGCUUGGUGUUAAAGAGAACUUAAUCCAAGACCACCAAAGCAAACUGGGAGAGAAGGACAACGUUAUCAUCAACCAAAGGACUGAUAUUGAACGGCUAGAAAAGAAAUCAAAGACCCUAGAAUACAAGAUUGAUAUCCUGCAAAAGACAACCAACCUGUAUGAGCACGACAAACGCUCACUCGAGCAGGAGCUGGAGGCUCGUGCUCAAAAGCUCCACCAGGAACUGUCGGAAAGGAGACUAAUGGAGCAGCGCAUGCAGGGCAUGGUCACUGAUGCCAAACUCAAGUGGGAGAAGGAGUGUGAGAGACGGGUGAAUGCCAAACAGUUGGAGAUGCAGAACAAGUUGUGGGUCAAAGAUGAAAAGCUGAAGCAGCUCAAAGCAAUCGUUUCCGAGAGCAGCAACGGCAACGGCAGCAGCAGCACAGAGCGACCAGAGAAACAAGAAAGGCCCUCAAGGGACAAAUAUUGCAACUAUGGCCAGAAGAGGUCUGCCUUGCCAUCACCGCUUCUGGACAGCCGACAAACCCCUUCCCAUCAAAGUCAAGCUAAGAUUAGGGCAGUUCAGGACGAUUCCCCCACUUCCGCUUCAUCUUUUCCUUCAGUUGCAACCUCCAUCUCUGAGUGGGAGCAGAGGUGCCCUGUUGACUCAGACCCCCAGUAUAGAGAACCAGGGACCCCUCCGUGCAGGAGCCGGACUCCUGCACUGUGCCAUGGCGCCAGCAGUGCGAGUCGCAGGAGAGGGCAAUGCUUUGCCUUAGAAACCGAGGCCCCAGCAACUCGUUGGGUCCAUGGACUAGACCUUGAGCCAGGCAUAAGGGCGGCACCUGAAAUUAACCCAGUGCACAGACGUUCACACUCAGCAGGUGGGGAGAAAUGGGUAGACCACAAACCAUCUUCUAAUGUCGACCUAGGCACUGUCAUGCAGCCAAUCAUACCCAAUGCAAUUCAAGUGUCUUCCCCGAGCGAGAAAGCUCUGUCUAAAUGCCACAAGUAUGUGCUUAGACAUCAAGAGAUUGCCUCUGACGGCGAGAUUGCAACCAAGUUGAUCAAGGGCAAUGUUUUCAAAACCAGAAGUGGUGGCCAGGCUGUAGAGUUCAUUGAUGUUGAGACACUAAGGCAGGAGUGCCCAACUACACCAAGUCGCAAGAGGAGAUCAGGCUCUGCAGAAACACCAGAGAAUGUGGAGGGCCAAGAAAACUGGGCUCCUGUUGCAAGCACGAGCACGGCCCCUGGGUAUCAAAAACGCAGGAAGCCUUGAUGUUAGUUUUUUCUAAAUGGCAACAUGGCACAUUGCCUGUGGGUCUGCUGGAACAAGAAGGAGCAAUGUACUACUUUUUUUUUUAUUUAUUUUUUUUUAAAAAAAAUCUUUUUUUUUUUAAUGUAAUCCUGUCGGGACAAUUGGGGUGCAAUUGUCAACAAAAAUGACAUUGACUAAGCUACAUAAUCAUAAUGUGCUGAAUUAGUACUGUUUUUUUUUUUUUUGGGGGGGGUGGGGCACCUAAUAUAUGACCUAGAAAAGACUUGUAAACAAGAACUUUUUACUGCCACACAAAUUGAUAUUAUAGCAUACUUUUUGUAUCAACCAUACAUAUAAAGUUUUGUCGGCAUCAACUGUACAUAUAAAGCUGUGAAGUAAUUUUUUUUGAAAUCAAUGUGCUGUAAAUAAGUGUAAUGAUGCCCCCCCAUCCCCACUGUUUAGAAAAACUCCUUAUACAACACACUACUCUUUCU